GCCAUGAGUAUAAAUGUGCAGCAAGUCAAACUUUACUGUUUUCUCUGCUGCUUCUGUUUCACGGCAGUUAGCCAGUUGCCCUUCAGCGUUCAUCACUUCUGUUGUCACCGUGUCCAAAAAGUAGCGUUACUUUGAUGGGACACAACAACAAACUGUGCAAAGUUAAGUUCACGUUAGCAUGUAAACUAGGCCGACAGCUAGGAUGACUUGUGAUUUGUAAAGUUAAAAGAUAACGUAAGUACGCAACAUAUCCCGUGUUUGCUCGUGAGGAAGGAAACAACCGUUCAACCUGCCGUUCACCGUCGACAUGAACUCCUAUCACGUGCUGGAGCUGGUGGGAGAGGGCUCAUUUGGUCGAGUUUACAAGGGAAGGAAGAGAUUCUCUGGCCAAGUGGUGGCGCUGAAGUUCAUGCCAAAGGUGGGUCGCUCUGAAAAGGAGCUCCGGAGUCUCAAGAGAGAGAUUGAGAUCAUGAGGGAUCUUCAACAUCCAAACAUUGUUCAACUUUUUGACAGCUUUGAGACUGAAACUGAGGUUGUGGUUGUAACUGAGUAUGCAGAGGGUCAGUUGUUCCAGAUUCUUGAGGAUGAUGGGAACUUACCAGAGAGCCAGGUCCGUGAGAUCGCCUGCCAGCUGGUCUCAGCUCUGUAUUAUUUACACUCCCAUCGCAUUCUCCAUCGUGACAUGAAACCACAAAAUAUCCUGUUGGGAAAAACAGGGGUUGUAAAACUGUGUGACUUUGGGUUUGCCAGGGCCAUGAGCGUCUCCACCUUGGUGCUGACGUCUAUCAAGGGAACGCCGCUGUACAUGUCUCCUGAGCUGGUGGAGGAGAAGCCAUAUGACCACACUGCUGAUCUCUGGUCUCUGGGCUGCAUCCUUUAUGAACUCCACACGGGGGCGCCUCCGUUCUACACUAACUCCAUCUUCCACCUGGUGCAGCUUAUAGUGAGAGACCCAGUCAAAUGGCCAGACACCAUGAGCGACACCUGCAAGAGUUUCCUGAAAGGUUUGUUGACCAAAGACCCUCAGAAGCGGUUGUCGUGGCCAGACCUCCUGCAUCAUCCCUUUGUUGCUGAUGGUGUUUUAGUGUUGUCAGACACAGGUGUUUUCAGCCCUCUGACGGUCACACCCAGCCCAGACAUGAUGGCACGGAAACUUCAGCAAGUUGCGGCAAAGAUGGUAUCGACUCCUGGAGGUAGCAGAUUAUUGCAGAAGGCCAGGGAACAAACGGCCAAUGGCAAAAGAGGGAAACCAGUAGGCAGUGACAGUGCCAAAAAAGAGAAGGAUGGACUGGGAAAUGAAAGGGUCAACUAUGCAAUGGCAGCAGCAACCCCGAGAGCCAAGCCCCCUUCCAGUGAAGUCUCUGUUACCUCAGGUCACUCCGUCAUGUCAGCUGCCAAUCAAAGCCUCGACCCAAAGAGUCAAGCCUGCGUGAAAUCAAAACACAGGGGUCAGAUCAGCAGGGACUAUGAACAGGAAUUUCCCUCUGUGGAGGUCGGGCCACGACUAUUGCAGAGAUGCAAUGCAGACAGCCAGACCACACUGCACAGGCAGGAUGUUGACUGUGAGGACUAUUGGGAGAAACUGGCUCAAGAAUCGGAUCCAAGCAGGCAGCAGAGAGAACUAUUAAAUUACAGUGCAAUUAUACCUCAACUGAAAUCCAAGAUCCUUGCAUUUAAAGCUCAGCUAACAGGUGGCGUUUUGAAAGAAGCGUGGCGGAUUCACCUCCCGCUGAAGGUCUUAUGCAACCUGAUUCUGACCUCUGACCUCGAGAAGUCGCAUCACAUUGGUCAUGAACUUGGUCUACCCCAUGUCCUCUUUGACCUCGUCCAUGACGCUGUAGAAAACUCAAAUUUCAUCAAGCAACCAUGGAGUGUCCCAGCAUAUGGAGAAAUGAUUGUUGUGCUUAUGGUCUACUUGGAGAAACACUGUGACUGGGUGGAAGAAGAGCACAGACUAGAAGAGUUCACGAAGCCUUUCAUCACAAUUCUCAGUCAACCAAACCUCAUUCCUUUGGCGCAUCUGGCUGCCUCUGUUUUGUCUCUGUUAACACAACACGAUGUUCAUAUCAAAGUGGAUAUGGACAACCUAACCUCCUUGCUGAAAAAAAUGCUUUUGGACUCUUAUGAGCCCCAACUUUCUCUGCCCUCUGGCGUUGGACUCUGUGACGGCCUCCUGUCUUUAGUCCUACACACACUCUCUGAGCAUGAAAGUAGCUCUGGAUCUUCAUGUUUGGAUCCAGUAAUGUUUCUGGAUCUAUGGAAAACAAUUGGCAGUUCCCUAGCAGGGACAACACCAGACACAGACUUCUUUUCAGCAAAUGGGCUUCAUUCCUUUCUGUCUACUGCACUAUUUGUCUUCACCAAGGAUCCGCACUCCUGCAUUGCUCUGUUUUCUGAACGUGAAUCAAAAUGUGUGUACACUCUGGGCCAGCUGCUGGGGACCGACCGUAUUCAUUUGUUUGCUGAAGGAAAUCCUGGGAGACUUGAGGUGGAUCCGAGUCACCACAGCCUGUCUGUGUUGAGCUGCCACUUGUUGUGCUUUCCGUUUGCCCUGGACCUGCCUUCAGACGCCAUGUCCACCAUUUUACAGUUGUACGACAGUUGUGGAAUAGUUGCAAGCCUCCUGCAGGUAAUUCAAACUCUUCCUCCUGCGCUGUUAGAGCUGCCUCUCUCCCUGCUGAGCCGUUUGCUCCUGUGUGACCCCGAGCGCUCUGUUUCCCGCCUCGGUGAAACUGCUUGUGGUUUUUUCGCGCCACCCAGAGACAGCCAGCUCACUGCCUCCAAACACCGGCCUCCGCUGUGCAGAACCGCAAGCUCUCUGCUCUCUGACUUGCUGCAGCUGGAUGUGCUGUGGGACUCUGCAGUGGAGCUCUUAACUCUGUUGUCCCAAGUAGCCCGUUGUUCCCCUCGGCCCGCCCACCUUCAGCUUUACCUGGAAGCCUCAGCGCUGCACCAGGCGCUAGCUCACCCUUAUGACCAGAUCAGGACCGCCACAUGCAGACUCCUCGGAAAUUUAGAUCCGUUCAGGCCUCCUACGCUGCACACCUUGCAACCUGACAUUUUCAAAUGCAUGAUAGACUGUCUUCACGAUUCCUGCGUACCUGUCCGACGUAUGGCCUGCAGGGCAGUUGGGAACUGGUUGGGAUAUAAAGCAGAGGGGGCAAGGUUUGAAAUGGGUGGCUCCAACGCAAAGGGCGUUGACGCUACAGGGUGGGGCAAAGGGAAGGCACACGAUGAGGUAGCAGGAGAUUUGGCUACUAUACUAGAACAGGGAUUGGACGAUGAGGAGAGGGGCAGUUGGACGGAGGAAGCCAGGAGGACGGCGGUCGAGCUGACGUCUCUGAUGACUGACCCGGAUGCCCUCACACGCCGUCACUGCUGUGCAGCCCUGGGAAACCUGGUACAUGUUGACGGAGCCGUAUCCCUGUUGUUGGCGGAAGACGCGGCCAGCUUGCUCCUGAGAGCUGCAUGCACGGAUUCCCAUAAUGCAGUGAGACAAGCCGCCAUAGCAACCCUGUGCCUGUACAGCGAGCAGGACGAAAUACGUCAGGUCCUGAGAUCCCUCGAUGCCAGUAAGAAACUUCUUCAGGCUUCACAACAUGCACCUCCUCAAUGUGACUAUCAUCAGCUCAUCAGACAGCUGUAAGUGGGUCCAGUUAGUUAGGAAUUAAAGCAGAUUUAAAUGCCAUGUGUGAAUAAUUUGUCUCCUUCCUUACAUUACAAAAGUCCUUCCUCCUGUCUUGAGCAGUUUGGUACAGUCAGUAAUCAUAUUUCAUUUAUUGUUUUUCUUAAGUGUGUCCUUUUUAUUUUAAGAUUAAUUAAUACAUGGAAUCAUA